GACCGAUGCAACAAUACUAGAAAAAGGAGUGUUGUUGAAUUUAACCAGGAGGUGUAGGAUACAACGUAAAUAUAUUACUAUAGGAAUAAUUCAACAGGUUGGUUGAGCUAUAGAGCUACUGGUUGAACCAUAGAGCUACUGGUUGAACCAUAGAGCUACUGGUUGAACCACAGAGCUACUUGUUGAACCACAGAGCAAGUGGUUGAACAAGGCCAAGCAUUGCCCAAGUAUUGAUGGGGUUACUACAGUACAUACCAUCAUUGGAUCAUACUAAAGAUGUGAUGGAGCCUAGUUAUAAAAGAUCAACCUAAGCAGAAGUUAAACCUUAUUGUGCAUCAAUUAUCCAGCCAUUAGAGAAUUCGACAACGCAAUUUAACUACCAGUGAGAAAACGGUUAACACACCACCAGGGUUUUGGAAAUUGCAGCGUGACGUGUCAUCUACCAGUACAGCUAGCAGGGAUAUACCACUAGCGACUAUUGCCUCUCGGUGUAGCGACCUUACGAGAUCACGUUACCGGGCAACUGUUGCUAGGCACUCCACCACAGAUGAUCUUACAGCAGAUUCGACAAUGCAAAGGGAAGAUUCAUCACCAGGUCUUCCACAACAUCUUCAGCAUCCUCAGGCCACACCUAACAACAAACUUCACGAGGUUCGCAUUGAGUUAACGCUGAGUACUGAUGAAGGCGAGUACACAUUAUCACACGCACCAUUGACCACAUCUAAUAACAACAUGACUGGUGAAUAACAAAAAGAGAAACAUUUUCAUGUGAAGUGCAAAUCUCAGACCACAUAACUACUACUACUCAUCCAUUGCGUCUAGACCACAUCGUUUACGAGAGUACAUGCUACCCCUCAUGUUCAUCACUAAUGUGUCUUAUGACGUAACCACCCUCCACCCAUUACACUUUGAGAACAAAACGCAACAACGUAUAUUGUCCGCGUUACUUAAUAAACUGUACAGUCCAGGCCGAGCUAACAUUUACGCCUAGACGUAUAGACUGUUUUGGUUCACAAUAAGUGGUGUAAUGUCAAGUGCAUGAUUUGUCAUAAUGUUGACGUAAAACUGACGUCAUCAACACGUAGAGGAUUUAAGACUGCAUCAUCCGCGGUGUAACUCUAUCUUACAGUACACUGUAUGUACAACGCAAUUGAAAUAGUCUGGAUAUGUUUUCACCCGCUUUUCAUACACACGUAUCGGUACUUGAGUAUUGCUUAGUUGUUGGUGUCAGGCCUACCAAACAUCGUUCGCCAAGGGAAACAAAACUCCAAACAAUACCUCCAACCUGAGUCCAUUAAAAAGGUCAACCUUCGAGCGUAUGAUAUUCCGGCUCACUAGAAUAAUAAAAUAGACAAGAGACUGAGUAUAGGGGACUGUGCAUAUUGACAAUCGUUCAUGGACCUUAUUCCAACAUAAAGAUGAUAACAAAACACAAAAGACUCCCUGUGAUUUGAAAUCACCACGGGUAUCCGGCUCGACCGUAGCCCCCGCAAAAUGUGCAUCAGGUUGCCUCGCAGUAGAGACCGACCUGUAGCGUCUAGUCGCAAUAUUGCAAUAGGGCAUAGAUCCACAGCGGCUUCUUAAUGAAGAUGAGCAGGGCUUCAUUAACUCUAGAACAAUUAAACUGAAAAAUAGUAACGGCACCGGAUAUCGACACUUAUGAUCGAGAGCUGGAAAUCGAAGAGCGGCGUUCGUAUAUUGGAUGUUAUAUUCACCUCGGUGUUAAAGUCACAGUGCGUUUUGUAGUGCUUUCAUCCGAUGCAUUUGACUUCCUUCAUGAUAUAUGCAAUUGGAAGCUCAGACGUUUAGAGGUUAUGACUGUAUCGAGUCCCUGACUCAAGGGUAGUCCACCACACCAUGGCACCGCCUAAAACCAUCUUAAUCGAGCUUGGUAUCGAACCCCAGUCAGAUUGCGGUAUCUGCACCAUCGAUGCAUCGAAGUCGUGUGGUUUGGAUCUGGAACUGCGACCACUGAGCCAACGAUGGGAACAGUCGCCGGAGUCGGAACUCAUCUUCCGAAGGAUCCCCGAGGAAGUCGUGCCUUUCGGUCCCGUUCGUCAGGGACCUUCCGGAGCUUCGGAACCCAGGUCCAGAAAGGGUGUAUGCAGCACCUGCUCGGAACCAUGUGCACGAUGUUCGUCUCGCGCAGAGCCGCAAAUCCGUCCCCAUGGAGGAGAAAAUGGGGUUCCCGCCAAAAGGUAUCUCUCCUGCGCCUUCUUCGACACUCCAUCUUCUAAGACAUACAGAAUGGACAUUGAAUUUCCAACUGCCCACCAGCUUGACUUUCAGAGCACACCGCAAGAGACGAUAGCGGAAAAAGAUGGUAUGCCGUGCCGGAUUUCCAACAUAAGUUUUGACCAUGAUGACAGUACCCCAGUUGAGGUAGACUUGCAGCUAGACAAAGGGCUUGACCUUUCGAGCGAAGGCUGGUCGAGUGCUUCUAGGUCAUCACAAAGCAGUAUCUCGACCUUUAACGAGUCUAAACCCACCUCUGAUGAUGAGAGUGAAUGCGACGAGAAAGACAGUCUGAAAUGCAGUUAUAGCUCACAUGGUGACACUGACGAGGCGGAUUCUAGACCGUUCGACAACACACAAUUGGGCCGAGAAGGUAGUGACACCGAGUCAGACUCGGCUUCCAGCAGCACGGAACAUUCGGGAGCUUCUGAAGACGAUGACGAGUUGUCCAAGAAUGCUGUGUCAAACGAUGACGAGUUGUCCAAUAAUUCAGGUACAAACGAUGACGAGUUGCCCAAUUAUACAGUGCCAAACGAUGACGAGUCGUCUGACAAUUCAGUGCCAAACUUCAGCUUUCCCUCGUUAUUGAAAGAGGAUUUAACAUACGCACAGUGUGUACCCGAUGACCUUUACGACUCAUUGCAAGGAGAUACCGAACCCGAAGAUAUCUUUGAUGAGUUAUGUCUUAAUCUGACUCCAGAGGCAGCCGAUCAGAUGAUGAUGAUUAAAGCAAUGUUCAGUGAUGAGUCCCCUCCUAUGACCCCAUUGGAGCCCCAACCCUUCUCCCUCCUAACGACCGAACCAAUACCGAGCCACACCGAAGAAACCGUUCAGGAAGAGCUCAAACCGACCGAGAGCAGCGUCCAAGAGACGGCGUCACCACCGGCCACUGAGUACAGCUUCAGUGACAGCUUGGAUCUCACUCCAGCGGAAUUUGAGCAGUUCAUGGCAAUGAACGCUGCAUUCGGUGGUCCGGUGGUUUUUCCACCUCCUAAGAUUGCCCCGGAAUUCCCUUCAUUUUCCGCAAAGACAUCAAGCACAACACCAAGCCAACCCAAGAAGGUUAGCCCAACACCCGAUCCGGCCCUGUCUACCAAGCUUAGAGAUCUUCUGGAAACAGAUCCUCUGGAACCAGAUCUUGUUAAAAGAUCCACUGAUACCUCAGAACCAAUUCCGACCGUAGAGAGUUACAGCCUAUCGGAUAGCUUGGAUAUAACCCCGGAAGAGUACGAACAAUUCGCCGCGAUGAACGCUGCAUUCGGGGGACCAUCGGUGAUCCCGCCCCCACGAAUGACCUUCAAGGAAGUGGUAGAACUCGUCAAUCCCAAAGUGGCUCCUGCCAGGCCUACGUCGCUCGACAUUCAAGUUGUGACCUCUCCAGAUCUUACAAGAAAGUCCUCUGUUUCCACAACCUCAUCAGCAAACCCGGAAGACAAUCCGGAAGCAGACGAGGAAGGCACCUCCUUCUGGGCCGAUUGCGACGACACGGUUCUUAUAAAGAGCUCUGCUGAGCCUACUCAUGACUCAUCCGACUCACUCGUUGCAUCAUCCCAGGAGGACGAAGGAAGUCUGACCCCGCAAUUCGAGCAGCCACCUAAGACCUUUGACACGGAAGUAAAUGGUGAUUGCGCUCCCGUGACGACAGAUCAGAAAUCGUCUGGAGAAGAGAACAAGACAACAAAGGGACCGCUUUUCAUCGAAGAACUUCUUUUGACAUCAGCAUCGGGAGAGGGCCAUGGGGAAAACUCAGUGUUGAUGAGGUGUAAAAUCGACGCUUGGCCCGCCCCGACUGUCAGCUGGUUUUAUAAGGACGAGCCGCUGGGUGACGGUAAUGAAGCCGUGGAUCCAGACCGUGUGGUGUUGAAAUCUGACGGUGCACGAGGUGUCUUUACUCUGCUGUUGAAGGAAGUGGAAGGGUUUGAUACUGGGGUUUACACGUGUAAAGCUAGUAAUAUCAUAGGAGAAGCAACGAGUGCUGCUGAGUUGAUUGUACAAGAAUCAGUGUCGGACUCAGAGUACGAAACAGCUCGAUCCUAUUUUACAUCCGGUGAUGAAAUCGUGGAUAAUUUAGGCGAGUCGUGGCUUGCUCGAGGCCGUGGGGUGAAUCGGAAUAGAUUACCCGGUAGGAUGGUACCGGAGCGCACGGUACGCAUCACAACGCACCGUGCCUCGGCACCUCGCUUCACUUUCAAGCCACAGAGUCGAGUGGUUGAGAUCGGACAGACGGCCAGACUCAUAUGUGGCGUCAGAGGGUCCCCUAAGCCACGCGUGAGCUGGUUCAAUCACGGCACUGAGCUCAAGAACGAGGGACGUUACCGAGUACUGGAGAGCGAAGAUGGUAACUCUGUCUUGGAGAUACGGGAGGUCGAGUCGCUAGACACUGGUAGUUAUAUCUGCACGGCCGGGAAUAUCAUCGGGCAGAUCUACUGCACUACGGAGCUCUCAGUCGAAGAAUUUGGUGAACCAGAAAUUGAUGUUAAGACCGUUGAUGCAGACAUGUCACUUUUGCCAGUGCAGUACCUUCAGUAUGGUCUGGAUGCACGGACAGAGGAGGAGGAGAAGGAGGCGGUGUCAGCAGAGGCUCCGCCCGCAGAGGGGGAAGCAUCACCUGUGGUUCCACAGAGGGUUCUUGCCAUGGAAGGAACAACAGCAACGUUGGACUGCUCACUGGUGGAAGGUCGUGUGACCUCUAGUGUGACAUGGUUCAAAGAUGGAACGAGCCUAGAUGCCAGCCCCCACUGCAUCUCCAGUGUGGAUGAAGACAGGUUAAUCUUAAACAUACCACAAACUGCAUUGGAGGACGAAGGGGAGUACACAUGUUGUCUGACUGAUGCACCAGAUGAAGUGCUAUGCUGUUGUAUCCUGAUGGUACAUGAGGAGGAGGCAAACGCAAAUGACGGAACAGAUUCAAUCAGCUCACGUCCAUUCUCUUCGACACCCAAAGUUGAAAAUGCUCCAAAAGACAAGACACGACCACUCGAGUUGAACAAGGCAACAUUUGUACGUAAGGAGAAUCUUGAAGCUCGUCCAAAAGUAAGUCCUGUCGUUGCUCCCGAUAAGGGUAGCAGGAAAGUUGGACACAGAACUCUUGGUUCUGUGGACUAUUCAGACAGCUCCAUCAGCAGUAGUAGCGGCAACGGAGAGGAUGCUGUGAUCAGGCGGAGGGAGAAGCAACAUUAUGCGACACCACGGAAACAUAAAGACCACCGCAAAAGCCGCAAGAGCAACCGCAGUAAGAGGUCAGGUGGUGACGGAAACCAACUCGACAUCGGCCUGAAGCAGGAAUCGGAUUCCUCGGAGGACACUUACGGCCGAACGAAAACGCCGACCCACAGGAGUAAACCUCAAAAGAAGUAUCGUAGCAGUUUCUCGUCGGAUCUCGACGACGACUUUGAUGAUGGUUUGGAGCGGGUUAUGGCAUUAUCUGAUAAGGCCGACGCCUGUUUGAAUAUUGUGAACUCGGUUCUAGAAAUGACAUCUUUCGAUAAGGAAGUCGACGAUGCUCUCCAGGAGCAGAUCAAUGCCUUCAGAGCUAAUGUAUCGGAAUCGGACGGCAGCCUCCACCAGUCUGAGAAUGUGGACAGCAGUCUCGUGGACAGUGACACAGAGGAUGACUUUAUCAAACACAUGGCCGCGCAAACCGUAGCCAGUGCAAUUGCUGAGCAAAUGAUGAGGGAAACAGAUAGCCUACCGGUUGCCCCACAACCCCAAGCGGACUUGCCAUUAACAAACGGUUUUGCACCCAAAACUAAGCACUCUGCCAAAGAUGAUUUUAACAAGACCUCAGAUGAAGAGGUUGCCCAAGAAGACAUGAACCUAAACCUUUCAGUGGACCUUGAACCUUUCAGCUUCACAACGACUGCUUCUUUGCAGGAAACAAACUCCCUUGAUUGUAAGAAUGGACUUGACAGAUCUGAACAAUUAGAUCUAAGUCAUUCGCCAGAGUCACCACGCUUAAAACCACCAGUAGACUCGUCACAUUCAAUGUCGCCACGAACUUGCCUCUUCCGUGGCCCCCAAGACAAAAUCUUUACCUUGGAUGAAAUCCUCGAUGCCCUCCCGGAGACAGCCGUAGAUGGAAACUCUGAGCAAAGCUCUAAAGCCACCUCGCCCGUCGACAAGGCCCAAAAAUUUACACUCCUGGAGUGUCACAGCCAGCCACGCAGCCCAAGUCCGGUUGCUGGUUCACCCGAAGGCUCUCCUCGUACAGAGUUUCCCACUGAAGAGCUGCCGGCUAAAGACUCACAGAGUCAAGACUCUCCUCCUGAACUUGUCACCCAACUCCAAGACACGUUUAUUCUCAAGGGCGAUGCCAUGAGACUGGAAGUGCAAGCAAGAGGUCACCCCGUCCCUGAGGUCCUGUGGUACAAAGACGGCACGGAGCUCCAGCAUGGCAAGAAUCUCCAGCUCAAGUUUGACGGUGAGGACACUUGGGCGCUCAUUACCAGGAACAUUAAAGCUCAAGACGGUGGGGUGUACACGUGUGUCGCUGAAAACUCGCUGGGCUCAACCAGCACAAGUGCUGUCAUUGCUGUUGCAGGUCUCGUGGAUGAACCCGAAUCUGCUGAUUGUGAUGAGGACGAAGACACCGUCGAGGCCAAGGAAUCUCAGAGCUCCUCACAUGGUCUCUCAGCAUCCUCCCCUACUGCCCUGGACGAUGAUGUCUUCAUUGUCAAGCCCAAUUCCAAAGACAUUCUCCCGACGAUCCUUCUCAAUGCCGAAGAGGACAGCACCUUGAGUCAGAGCGGGGAGGAGGACAUUCGUGAGGCCUCAUCCAGAGUCUUAGAAGCCAUCCGCUUGGACAGUAACGCAAACUGGGCCGACGAAUCCUCGCCAGACGUCAGUCGGUCCAACUCAAACAACUCCGAUAAGGGCGUGCCGUUUAGCAUUCAGAAACGAAGCCGCCCAGAAAGUAACAUUGAGAUCAUUCGUCACCGCAGGGCAUUCCGGAAGAACACGAGUCGGGAUAGCACGACAUCCGUCGAGCCGAGCUCCACGGGUAACUCAACGUCGGACGAGAGCGACACGGAGGGCGCCCCCAAGUUCAUCAAGGCCCUGAAGACCACUGAAAUUCUGGAGGGAGAGUCCGUGCAAUUUGAAGUGUGUGUGACGGGGGACCCUGAACCUAAGGUUAGGUGGUAUCACGAUUCAUCGGAACUCAAAGAUACCAGUCAUACAAAGUGUAGACGAGUUGAAAACACCAACGUCUGGAGGUUAUGCAUCUCAAGAGUCCGGCAGGAAGAUGAUGGGAAAUAUAUGUGUCGGGCGGAGAACAGAUUAGGGGUCAAGGCUUGCAUUGCCUUCUUGAUCGUAGAAUUAUUAAAUGGAAAUGAAGGCGACAAUGGUGAUGAGAAUGACAAGAGAAUCGUCUCUAGACUCGUUAAGGAGAAAGAAGACGAACAGAGCUUCGGGGAAUCGUCACAGAUUGAGGAGGAUUUACUGAAGAGCUUCACCCUGGAGUCAGACUACAGUGAUUCUAGUGGCAGGAUGUCUGUCAAGAGAGGAGAGCAGGUAGAGCUGCUUGACGGCAGGAGGAAAGACAAGUGGCUGGUCAGACACAAGACCAAUGCCAACAUGAUUGGUUAUAUCCCAUGUACACUGCUAAAACGAAGCGCAUCAUCAUCUGAGAGAGAGGACAGAAAGAUUGUCUAUAACUUUGUCGCCAAACAAAGCAUCGAGAAGCGUUCCAGAGGAAAACAAAAACUGAACAGACAUACCUCUAAAGACGGACAGCUCUCCGAGCUAGAAGAAGGAAGAAUAAUUGACGAUUUUUCAGAUGCAGAGGCUACACAGUGUUACGACCUCUACAUGGCGGUCGCCUCCUACACCCCCUCGGCCGAACAGAAAGGUUUCAUUCCCAUGGCAGAGAACCAAGUGUUUGAGGUGCUGGACUCAAACAGUGCCCUCAAUUGGCUGGUGAGAGCCGAGAGCAGCCCUUGCAGUGUCGGAUGGGUACCAGCGAGUUACCUGACUCCCUUUGUGUGUAGCGGUCACUACAGUGCAAGACGAGGCUCCAGGAGUCUCCGAGAUGACUUUGAGGAUAUCAGCACUGAGGAGGAAGAGCAGAGGGAGGUCGGGAGUAAAGAGAAAGAGGCCAUGCUGAAGAGAGGGUUUGUACUAAAAGAACUCCUAGACACAGAGCGAGACUUUGUGAAGGAUCUUCGAUACGUGACGACCCGUUUCAUCCCUCCCAUUGAGCACCCCAACGUUCCCGCUGCUCUCAGGGGCAAGAAAGAUGACAUCUUCGGCAACAUCAAAGAGAUCUAUGAUUUUCAUAACAGUCAGUUCCAUCAUGAGUUGGAGGAGUGUGAAAACGACGCCAACAGCAUAGCCAGGGCAUUCAUUAAGUGGCAAUCUACCUUCAUUAACCUACACGUCCAGUACUGCAAGAACAAACCCAAAGCAGAUAAUGUGCUCACUCCAGCGGCAAAAGCCUUCUUUCUGCAAUAUGGCGGUGGUACUGGUCCAGGCCAAUUAGGUCUAGGUGACUACCUCAUCAAGCCAGUACAGAGGAUCACCAAGUAUCAACUACUCCUCAAGGAGAUUGUCAAGUACACAUCCAGAGCCAAGGAGGAUUGCAGUGAACUUGAGUUUGCGUUAAAUGUGAUGAUUGAAGUUCCAAAGAGAGCGAAUGAUUUAAUGCAUCUGAGACUCAUUGAAGGCUUCCAGCGUGACGUAACUGAACUCGGCAAGCUAUACCGUCAGGAUUUCUUCUCGGCAUGGUCAGGAAAGCCCAAGGGACGAGGCAAGGAGCGAUACCUCUUCCUCUUCAAAGAUGUCUUGAUGUUCACUAAACCCAGGAAGGAACUGAAAGGAGAUGUGGUGGGCUACGUCUACAAGAGUCAUCUUAUCGUUGGCAGUCUGAUUGUAUCAGAGGACAUGGCUGAUGAGAGACGGUUUGAGAUCUCCCAAGGAAGAUCGUCCACAUUAACACUUCAGGGUAAGACGAAGUACAUGAAGGAGGCGUGGGUGAAAGCCCUUCGAGACUUGAUAGCGGAGGUGCCGAAGGAUCUUAAGGAAGGGAAGUCAUCCACUGAACGACGUCUAGUUCACUCACCAAUCAUGACACGUAAGCGGCGUGCUCUCUCCAUGCUUUCAUCAGGAAGUUCCAUGUCAUCACUGCUAUCGGAACCAGGUCUCCUUGGCAACAUGAGCAAAUCCACUGAGUCCCUAAGUAGCUUGAUGUCCAGUCCGUCCUUGCUGAAUGUCCCCCGUUCAGGUCGGGGUAGCGUCGACAGUAUGAUGGGUUCAGCAGAGUUUAGUGCUUUCAGCGCACUUAUUCCGUCCGUGGGAUCAACCUAUGAAGUCGUAGAGGAUAUGGUGGCAGAAGGGCACAGAUCUAAGGAGCUUUAUAGAGGGGACAUGGUCAAGCUACUAGAGGUCUGCGAUAAUAACAUGUUCCACGUCCUGACCUUACCGGUGGAUGAAUCCAGCCCAGGAAUUGAGGGCUACGUCUCCCCUGGCCUGGUCAAGAAGAUUGGCUCAUCUGAAGAACAUCCCUACUUCACAGAAAGAGUCAAAUCCCGCACCGUAUUUGCCGACGAGACCGCCAUCUUAACCUGCUCCUUCCUUGGCAAGCCUUCACCGACGGCAACCUGGUCGCUGGCUAACCACCUCAGCCAUGACGACAAACGCUUGGAGUUUGUCACCACUGAGGAAAGCUCAACAUUGAUACUGUACAAUACAGUCAUACGGGAUACCGGGGAGUAUGCGUGCACCGUGGAGAAUUCUAGCGGCUCUACUUGCUGUUCGGCCAGGCUUGAUGUCAAAGGUGCUUAUUCAACAAGCAGUACUCCAACAGACCUAGAAGACGUCCGGGAAGGCUGUACCUCCAGCCCCGCCGUCUCCCCGACCUACCCCGAGCCGCCCCUCCUGGUUCGCUCCUCCUCCCUGGAGAACCUCACCACCCUCCCGGAAGACUUUGACGUCCUCCCGACCGAGAUCAUCCGGGCCUCCUCCGUCUCCGGACGGGGGAUGCUGAGCUCCACCCGCAGGGCGUCCAGCUUGGAAACGACCAAGGAGAAGAUUGGAAGUUUCCGGAAACACUUCAAGCGGGCGUUCAGCAGCGUUGGAGCGGAGAGAGACAAGAUUCUUCAUAACUUACAGAGAGCGCCAAGCGGGGGCAGCAAUCAAAGAAGUAAACACCACCAACAACAUCAACAACAACAAAAGACAACAACGUGCGUCCACUGUAAAGCCGAGAGGGACGACAUGUCCGAGGACACCCAGGCAGUCUGCGAGGCAUGUGCCCAGAAGCUACUCGCAGGCAGUAGAGAAACGUUACUAGAAGAAGAGGAGGAUGCAUCAGUCAGAUAGCACCUAUAUUCACACAGGAGAUGUGCGACAUCGAAGAAGUAGAAGACAGCUGCGCAUGCUUCCAGGUCAAAAUCACAGGCGAACAAC